AUGCCUGCAUUCGGCCGUGGCGGAGCGGGAAACAUUGAAGCACUCAACGCGACAAAGACAACCAACGCGACAAACGAAAAGAUAUCCGCAGACCUCGAGCGCAACCAGCAAAACGCCGAAGAAUACGCCGGCACCGCGCAUCCAGCACUUCACAAUCAGGAAUACGCGCACACAGGAAGAGGCGGUGCGGGAAACUACUACUCUCCUCGCGAGCUCAAUGCGACUGGCAAGUUCGAAGGCGCAGGCACAAGUCACGUUUUAGGCGAUGGAACGCCUGCGCCCAAGACGGAGACGAACAAGGACAAGGAAACGACAGGCGUGCGCCAUGGUAGAGGAGGAAUGGGCAACUUCUUUGGCGGGGACGAGGAUAUGGCGAAUAAAUUGAGAAAGAAGCAGGAGGAUGAGGCGCGGAAGCAGGAGGAGCUGAAGCAGCAGAUUGAGAAGGGUGUUGAUGAUGUGCUGUCUCGUCCUGAGAAGGCUCGCUUGCCUGGUGGGGAGCCUUUCUAG